AUGGCGACCUCUUCAUCGUCGACACAUCUGCAGCCACAUCAUGGCUCGGCCCAUAACUCCCACGCCACGUCGUCCUCAAUGUCGAUACGCAAUGCAAAUAUGUUGUUCAUCUGUGCGGAAAAACAUCAAGUGGAAGAGCGUCGAACAAGUCUCAACCAAGAACAUUAUGUUCCCCGUGUAGAUGUAUGUAUUUAGCGCUUUCUUGAUGUUUUUCUCCUUUGUCUGUGCUAGCUAUAAUUGGUAUUUCCCCCUCCUCGUCGUUUUUGGCCAGCACCGUGUGUAUGAAGACAUAGCUGCAAUGCAUAAUCGACCAACACCGACGAAAAGUUUCAGCGCCUUCUUCGCCGCAUGGAGCACUGCGCUAAAGCACGAGAGGCAAGCACGCGAGUCCUCUCCCUACGGUUUGCGGAAAGAGACGUGGUCAGAAGCAGCUUGCAGCGGGAGAGCAUGGUUUUUUUUUUUGUGAGUGCAGUUCCUUUUGAUGCAGCUUUAUAGCUGGCAUGUACUAGUUCUUUUAGGCAGCUCAUCAUAUACAACGUAGGCCUUCAAUAUUCUUCUGAGCCUCCUUUGGCCACUUCUACGUGAUCGUGGUGACGUGCAUAGUAUGUACAAACUAGUACACCGACAAUCAACAAAAUCCGUCGCGCACGUUUCUAGAUGCUUACGUCUGCGAGAUAGCAGGACGACUUGUGCGGCAAUUCAAUGCCAAUUCAGUGCCCCCGGCACUUUGCUGAAAGACAACUUUCUGCAAUCCAAGAAAACCAUUUCUGAUUCAUUCUUGAUUUGUUUCGCGUCGCUAUCCAGGAGAACUCUGUAGUUAGUCUAGCUUUCUACUAGGACGACCGACAUCGUAUACUUACAAGCUCGCAUUGCAUCACGGAGAAAAUAUGAAUGUGCCCUCCAUUAAUAGCAGCUAUAGGCACAAGUACUGCAACUAGAAAUCGCCAAGCCGACAAGAUGGGCGUGGCGCAACUACUGUGUCUGUGAUUAUCUCGCAUAUUGUCUACCAUGCUGAUGCGUUUACUCACUACAUUUUUUUGCCUGUCUUGCAUGGUCACCCCUACUAAAGCCAAACCCUAAACCACGGAGUUUUUUUCUUGGAUACGCGACAGGCUGCGAAGGAUGCGUAUCACGAGGCCGACAAACAGUAUGAAAAAAGUCGCUCAGUCUAAUAUAUAAAGUUUGCAAGAAUUCAUUGUGCGGGGUACAACGAAAGUUGUAAAGUAGACUUGAAGCACUUAAAUGAUGAGACGAAAUUAUUUGUAUUUUUCUUUUCCGACACAGAAUGGACAACUAGACUACAGCUGCAAUCGAGCAUCUGGAGGUGACCGAGAUAGCAACCAAUCGAUAUUAGUACUGGCAUUGCAAUAAAAAUAGUUCCGCUCCUGCGCAUGGCAUGUAUUUACUUAAAUUUUUUGUCAACAGAGGUAACAGAUAACUUCAUUGAUGACAGUUUGAUUGUCCACUCGGCCAACGACAACGUCUCCAGAGCAAACUUUCUGCAGACUUUUGAGACUGCUUAUUGUCCCUGUUGGAUAAGUAGCGGAGUGAGCGUUGGAAUAUGCCAGACAAAGCCAAAAGCAUUGCACUCGUAAACAUAAUUGCAUGCCUUUGCGUUUGCCUGGCCGAUUUAGCACCAGCACGAUUAAUCCAGUUCCAGCAUAAUAUUGCAGAUGACGCCGACUGCGCGUGCUGGUUGACCAGUGUACUUACUUACUCUGGGAUGCGCACCAUAUUGCUUGUUGUAUCAGUACUACCGAGGAUGAAGUAACCAAACUCAGUUGAUACAGUGCCUUGACAUUUCAAUAGGAAAAGCGCUCCCAAAUAAAGUAAUAUUGCGUCGUUUGUCUUUGUUGCUCCUGCGAAUAUAAUAUGAAUGCAGUCUUGAAGGCUUUUGGUUUUGCGUUGCAUAGCGAAGCAGAAGUUACAGAAGUCGCCCUACUUAAACGACUUAUCCGCAGAGUACGAGAUGCUGACCGAGGAGCAAAAAAUCAGAGAUCGAUAAGACUUGGUGAAAACGGUUCCCACUACCGUAAAACCAGAACAUGAAAUGGGAAAGGAAAUAAAUGACCAUGCAUGGGCUUGAGCACUCUUCAAUAUAUCAAGGAAUGAAUCUGGCGGCACUUUAUCUACUUCUCAUUGAUUGAUGUUGCUUCUGGAUGCGAGAGGCGGGGCAGCUCCUGUCAAGGUCGGACUGUUGCAACAAGAGCGCAGCUGGAUCGACAAGUCACAUUCGAAGAUGACAAUGACAAAUGGCAUGCAUAUAAUCCACAAACUUUUAGAUACAUCACAUCUAACAAACUGCUUUUGAUGCUGGUGAUGUUUGUUAUACCGAUGAAAAAUGUAUAGAUGCACACCCUGGAUUGCAAAGAAACACGGAUUGCCCGCUCUUAUCAGUGGAAAGGUAAUUAUUAGUAUAGCUCUUUUGGGGCUGGGAGCAACAGUUUUCACCAUGAUAGCGGAAUCGAGAAAAAGAAGCAGUAUCUCAUGAAGAAAAGGCAACAGGAUGCAGAGACAGCGGUACUCUCUUAUCAAUCGUACGAAUUUUGAAAUCUUGUCAUAGAUUUCGAUGUCCUCUCAUCCAGUCUUGUUGCCGUACUUCAGUUUGUGGUUGAGUUAGUUUGGAAAAAACAAAAAGGAAGGAGAAAGAAAUACUUAUAGAAAAAACAACUCCCAGGUGAUCCAGCGCAUGCUCAACGAUAAGGAUGAGCUCGAGGCUAUCCUGUGGAAAAUUCUACGUGCCCGCCCCGCUUCCCGAGAAACAUCAAAAUGCGCGGUAAAAAACCGUCCCAUAAGACGUAUUUCUGACAGUCGUGAUAAGCUGUGCUGUGAAGGUGGAAUAACUUCUACUAGUAACUUUAAGGCACUAUGAAAAUGAACCCGAAUAAUCAACUGGCUGCCGUGCGCCUCUUGUAGUUGCGCUUGCAAUCAUGUUGGUAAAUGGCAUUCUGAAAUACGCACCUUGUGCUCGUUUUUUGUCAUGUACAAAAAUUAAAAAUAAACACGAAGACGAAAAGAAUUCAGAGAAACAACUUCUUAGUUUAUUGGGGCUGCAGCACCUAGGUACAUCGAGCAUGGAAUCUCAAUCUUGUUGACCUCGGGGAGGCGUUUUUUUUUCCGCAGGAUAGCUGACCUCCGAAAAGACUACCAAAGCAGAGAAAUCUUGGGAGAAGUCAAUAAAGCAGUCAUCCCAGGCUCUUUGGUCAAGCAAGUUGCUCGUCCUCUCGUAGCUAAGAGCAACUUGCUGGGAAUAAUUCAUCCACCUCUUGUCAAACAAGCUGUGACUCGGGUCCAUUGGAUUUCACACCGACACGCAGGCGCAUCAAUGAUCCGUCUCUGUUUCUUUCGAGCAGAAGGCAGACAGGCACAGGAAUCUAGCAAAGGCGCGCUACUUUUUUUUCUCAGCAUGGUCAUGGAGUUAGGAAUUGAUGUUGGCUCCGUCCUCGGCCAAGAAGCUGUAGUACGUCUGUCAUGACUUUGACUUGUCUCGAGAUUUGUUUGGCUGGAUAGGCAGAAGAGGUAUCUCAUACAACGGGAGAAGGAGCUGCAAUCCGUCCGCGGUAUCAUGUGCGACAAAUUGAUUAUCCCAUCUUCGUCAUGAAGAAGAUCUCCCUUUUUUUCAUCUUCGUCAACAUGAUCUCGCUUUUUUAUUUUUCUACUCCCCCGACCUCACCUGUAAAGGUCGUGGCGGUGGUCCAGCAAGAAGUCCAGGAGCUACCUGCAGUAAAAGUUUAAGGCUCCGAAGGCCGCGCUGCUGCAAUGGAUACUUAUCUUGCAGGUUCCAGUGGGCAUAUAAUAGAUACUUUUAUAACUAAACGAGGCGAACCAAUCGUAGCUGUCGCACAUGAUACCUGAUUUGGAAAAGACCAAGGCCAAGUGCGCCCGGGUGGACGCGGAGCGAAGACACGUGCUACUCGACAGGGAGCUUAUGGGAAUGCAACACGUCGAGUCAAGCUCAAGCUCAAGAUCAAGAAGGUCAUGCUGGAAGUGGUCUUGAAUUGCAAUAAUUGGGAUUAAAAUGCAUGACAAAGCUCCUGUGGAGAACUACAAGCCUAGCUUCUUGCUUAGUAAAGUAAAGUUGUUGACGUUCAUCAGGGCGGAGGAUCAUGGACGUAGGAGGUCGUGGACGUCAAAGUCAUUAGUUCCGCACUCAUCUACUCCACCAUACAUGGGACGCGAAGCAGGCAUCACACAUGUUGAAAUAAAAUCUCCAGAUAUGAAUAGAAAUAGCGAAGAAUCUGAAUCCAAAACCAAAUCCAUAAAUCUUCCGCAUGACACGACGUUUGUCCUGGAUACAACACGCGCUGCUGCAGCAGCGGCUAAAGGAAAAGCCCGCGGGUCAUUUCCACGCCAGCCUAUCAAUGUGACACUACAUGGUCAUCUCGUCGCUCUCCCUUGUCUGUAAUCCCUCCCGUGUGUUAAGAAACUGUCGAAACUGAGGUGGAAAAUGUUGACGGACGAUUAAAAAGUGUGUACCUGUGAUGUCGUCAACAGCGGCGUCAUGGUUUUUGUUUUUGUGCGAAACCACACCGGGUUGCAAGGUUUUUGCCUUUGUUCUGGUGCUGGUCCCAUAUGUCCUGCUUUUGUCCUCGUGGAGAAAGAGAAUGACGGACUGAAGAUGUCGUCGAAUGCAUGAUGCGUAGUACUUGUUAGCUCUGCAGCACCACACGCCAGGGUUGAUAGAGUCUAAAAGUAAAAGGGACGAGCAGGAGAAGAUGUUGUCACACGGCAUAAAAGACUUCGACGAAGCAGGCCCUAAUGGACUUGCAGGAAGGCUAAUAGCUCCGGUGGCUGCGCACGGAGAAGGAGCAGGGGAGCACAAAGUGCAAGGCCGGACAAGGGCUGAAGAAUGAGGCACCAGCGCAAGUUGCCCCCUGUAGUCUAUUCUAUGCAAGCUGUGUCGGGGUGAAUAAACAUUUUCAUUCUCUUUUCUAUAUCUAUUUUUUUGAGUCAGUUUAAGAUCUAGUAUCCCGGUGUUGACAAGGGUAGAAGUGUGACUACGCACAAUUUCAAAAAGAAUACUCCAAGAAAAACUUCAAGAGACUCGUGAACUCUAUCACUAUCGUGAAAGAACACCCUGGAAAAAAUCUGCCUUGUUCUCCCGCCGCGCCCUUGUCCGCAGGCAAAAGGCCUGUAGCCUGUGGCGGUGCGCCGGUUAUUUAUCCAUGAGAUUACAAAUCCGCUGUUCUCUACUUUUUCC